AUGCCGAUCGACAUCAAUCGUCUGCGUCCCGAGCGUGGCGGUGACCCAGAAUCUGUGCGCACCGAUCAGAAGAAUCGCUCACUGGAUGUGGACAUCGUUAACAAGGUGAUUGAGCUGGAUGAGCAAUGGCGAAAGAAGCAGGGCGAGGUGGAGACCGUCAGCAUGAAGAUGAAUGCGCUGCAGCAGGAGAUUAAGAGACUUAGUAAGGCCAAACAGGACUUUAAAGUGCUCAGUGACGAGCGCAAGGAGUUGGCGGCUCUUCUUCCUGAGAAGAAGAAGGAGGCUGAGGUGCUCAAAGAACUCGUGGACCGGGAGCUGCCUAAAAUUGGCAACGUCGUGGAUCCCACGGUGCCCAUUUCAAACAAUGAAGACGACAAUGUGGUGGUCAAGAAGUGGGGAACUCCUAUUCAGAAGGAUGGUCUGCACUUUCAUCAUGAGGUGCUCCACCGCAUUGAAGGCUACGAGCCCGAGCGUGGUGUUCAGGUGGCUGGCCAUCGCGCCUAUUUUCUUACGGGCUACGGAUUCUUGCUGGAGCAGGCGCUCAUGGCCUACGCCACAGCUUUCCUUAUGAAGGCUCAGUACAAGAUGCUCAAGCCGCCUUUCUUUAUGAACAAGGAGGGCAUGGCUGCCGUCGCGCAGCUUGACGACUUCGAUGAGCAAUUGUACAAAGUCAUCGGUGAGGACGAGAAGUACCUCAUCGCUACGUCUGAGCAGCCCAUCUGCGCCUAUCACAAGGGUGAAUGGAUCACUGAGAGCUCGCUGCCGCUGCGCUACGGUGGUUUCUCCACGUGCUUUCGCAAGGAAGCCGGUUCGCACGGCAAGGACACGUGGGGCAUUUUUCGUGUGCACCAGUUUGACAAGAUGGAGCAGUUCUGCAUCACAGACCCGGAAAGCUCCACUGCUAUGCACGAGGAGAUGUUACGUCAUGCUGAGGAGUUCUACCAGUCGCUGAACUUACCGUACCGCGUGGUGAACAUUGUGUCAGGCGAACUCAAUAACGCUGCUGUGAAGAAGUACGAUCUGGAGGCAUGGUUUCCUGCUUACAAGGAGUACCGUGAGCUGGUGUCUGCUUCGAACUGCACGGACUUCCAAUCACGUGCCAUGGAGAUUCGUUGCGGCGUCAAGAAGGAGAACCAGCGCGAGAAGAAGUACGUGCACAUGCUGAACUCGACGCUCUGCGCGUCCACCCGUACAGUUUGUUGCAUUCUAGAAAACUGCCAGGACGAGAACGGUGUCAUGGUCCCGGAGGUGCUGGUGCCUUUUAUGGGUGGCGUCACCUACUUGCCUUUCACUCGUGACAUCAAGGUGAACGUGCAGGCCGUCAAGAUGCAGAAAGCUGCCAAGAAGAAAGUUGCCAAGCAGUAG